UUUUGUUUUAAACAGAUGGGAAUUCUGGAAAAAAUGGGCAUCUGCCAUAGAUAUUCCAUAAUCAGGGCCAUGUGCCUACUCAUUCCAAUAAUGAAGGACUCCAAACUGAUCAGAAAGGACCUGGUUUUUGAUGGGGUGCCUGUGAGGGUGUACUGGCCCAAGACAUCACCUGCUGUGAACAGGAAAGGAAUCAUCUAUCUUCAUGGAGGUGCUGGGGUAUUUGGAAGCAUCCGAACCGCUGAAAUGAUCUGCCGUGCCAUUGCCCACCAAACUGACUCAGUGGUUAUGUGUCCUGAGUUUCGUUUAGCUCCUGAGCAUCCGUACCCAGUCCCUGUACUGGACAGUUUAACUGCUGUAAUAUACUUUAUGAAAAAUGCAAAGGAAUAUGGAGUGGACGCCAGCCGCAUUGCCAUUGUUGGGGACAGUACUGGAGGCACUUUUACUGCAGCCAUUUGCCAAGAACUGGUGACCAGAGAGGACCUCCCAAGAGUGCGAGCUCAGGUCCUCAUUUACCCAUUUCUCCAAGGAAUGGACUUCAAUCUGCCAUCCUAUCAGCAAUACCAUUCAGUUCCUCUUAUGUUCCGGAAAAGAACUGUCAAAGUUGGUUUGACAUAUCUCACUGGGAAGACAAUGAAUGUAGAUGGAGUUCUGAAAGGCGCCCAUGUCCCUCCUGAUUUGAGAGAGAAAUACCAAAAAUGGAUCAGUGCUGAUAACAUUCCAGAAGAAUUUAAAGCUAAGGGCUAUGUUCCUGUAGAACCUGCUCCAUUUUCAGAAGAACUUUAUGAGCAAGUUAAAAGAGGUACUGAGGCAAUGUUUGCCCCCCUUCUAGCAGAGGAUGACAUAAUCUGCCAGCUCCCAGAGACUUUCCUUCUAACUUGCGAGUAUGAUGUUCUCCGGGAUGAUGGGCUGUUGUACAAGAAGCGGUUAGAGGACAACAGUGUGCCAGUGACAUGGUAUCAUGUUCAAGAUGGAUUCCACGGAAUAAUGUGCUUUGCUGGUUGGCGGCCACUUGAAUUCCCGAGCACACAGAAAUGUUUGCAGAGUGCAAUACAGUUCUUAAAAGGUUUAUAGAAAUGAAUGUCCUUCUUUGAGUGCAAAUAUCCAGAGUGUGGGGUCAGGUGGGAUUACUAUGAGGAAUUAUAAAAUAAGCAUCAAGCCAUUGUGUCCACGAUGAAUGCAUUGUGUUGACUAGGUUUGAUUCAUUGACAAUAAUUUCUGAUCAAAUCCCACAACCCUCUGCAUCUCUGGCCAUUUCCUCUACUGCCCAUUUCUCUUUCUUCACAAGUCAUGUACACAGCCCAGUUGCUUAGGCAGGCAGGCUUCUGGGUCAUCAAAGACAGAGGGCAAGUUUCUUUGAUGUAGGAUGUUAAUCUUAGGGCCAGGAAACAGAUCUCACAUGAAGGUGAUAAUGAUCGUUGUCCUCCUGGCCAUCCUUCUUAUCAUAUGUAUUGAUUGUUUAUCACCUCCGGGGGUUGCCAAAUGUCCUCCUUUGUAGUUCUGUUAAUUAGUUUUGGUAGUUUAACUUGUCCCCACGUGGGUUUGUUGAAAUGCUCAGAAGAAAUCUGAUUGGUUCUUACAAACACUCUGUAAAAAGCUCUUUUGUGAAUAAAACGACCUUGGCCGGGGGGGGGGCUGGAGACACAGAGAGACAGAGAGAUUAUUAUACGCACCCUUCCCAGAGUCUUGCUGGUUCAAGCCUCUGUGUCUAUUCUUAUUAAUCAGAGUUCAAUCCUUCCUUUAGUUUGUGAAUGCCUCAACCCUCCAAAAGUUUUCCCACUGGGACAACU